AUGGAGGAUGAUUAUACUGAUGAAAAGGAAGAUGUAGAUGAGCUUGAGAGGAGGAUGUGGAGGGACAAAAUGCGCCUCAAACGGCUCAAAGAACAAGAUAAAUACACCCAAAGUGCCUUUGUUCCAGGAAGGAUGAUCUCUGAUAACACAAUUGUGGCUUAUGAACUAAUGCAUUCAAUGCAGAACAGAAGAAAGAAACACAAAGAAGCUUUCAUGGCACUCAAGCUAGACAUGAGCAAGGCAUAUGAUAGGCUAGAGUGGUCAUUUAUACAGCAGGUUCUUCAAAGGAUGGGGUUUGCCAAGGAGUGGAUUGAGCUGGUCAUGCAAUGCAUCAGUACUGUCUCUUAUUCUAUUCUUCUCAAUGGCUCACCUCAGGCAUCAUUCAAUCCUUCGAGGGAUGACAGUCUGGUUUUUUGUAAAGCUCAGAUGCAGGAAUGGAUUAGACUUCAUAACAUCAUCUCCUUGUAUGAAUCAGCCUCAGGGCAAAGGCUAAACCUUGAGAAGUCUUCAAUCUUUUUCAGUAAAAACACAAGGCAUGAGAUCCAAAGCUCUAUACUAUCUAUUGCUGGUAUUAAAGCCUCGGGGCCUUUUGAAAGAUACUUGGGAUUGCCUUCUUACAUAGGAAGGAGUAAAUCAAGGGCCUUCUUUCCAAUUCUUGACAGAAUCAAAGCUCAAAUGAGCCGCUGGAAAACUAACCUGCUUUCCCCAGCAGCAACGGAUUUCUCCACAGCUAGAGUCAAAAGGGGCGACUCCUUUGUGUGGAAGAGUAUCACAGCAGGCAGACAGUUACUCUAUGAAGGCCUGAUCUGGAAAAUUGGUAAUGGGAACAUAGUGAAAAUAUGGUCAAAUAAAUGGCUGCCUACCCCAACAUCUUACAAGUCUCAGUCCCAACCCAAAGUUCUAUGCCUCGAAGCUACUGUUAACUCUCUCAUUGAUCAAGAAACCCACUCAUGGAACAUACCUCUGGUUCAAAAUAUUUUCACUCCUGAAGAGGCUGCCAUUAUUUCCAGAAUUCAUGUUAGUGCUUGUAACAGCAAUGAUAAGCAGGUUUGGAGGUGUACUAAGAACGGGCUCUUCACAGUCAAAUCAGCUUACCAUCUUCAAGUGUCAUUGAAUGAUAACAAAAUGGGACAAGCUUCAGACACUUCAAAUCAUGAGGCCCUUUGGAAUCGACUAUGGAAGCUUAAAGUGCCAAACAAAAUUAAAAUAUUUAUCUGGAGAUCAGCUAGAGAAAUCCUUCCCACCAGAGUUAACUUGCACAAAAGGAAGAUCAUUGACUCACCAAUGUGCCCCAUAUGCUUAAUUCACCCAGAAACCGUAUCUCAUGUUCUAUGGACGUGUAAAGCUGCUCAAGAUGUUUGGAGUAUUAGCUCAAGGAGAAUACAGAAAAGUAAAACUGAGGUAGCAUCCUUUAAUGAUUUACUCUCAAACCUCCUUUCCACACUCCCACCAGAGGAUCAUACCAGGUUAGCUUUCACAGCUAAGGAAAUCUGGUUCAGAAGGAACAAGUUCGUCUUUGAAUCCAAAUUCACCCCCCCACAACAGAUUUUAAAACUGGUCUCCUCUAGCAUGACUGACUUGGAACAAAUUGAAAGGAACCAGCAUAGGACCUCUACUCAAAUCCAAGGGACAGCUAGGUGGUGCAAGCCUCCAAUCAAUGUCUACAAAUUGAAUUGGGACACAGCCAUUGACAAAAUUAAUUGCAGGGUGGGUAUAGGGGUGUCAAUUAGAGAUUGGUUGGGUCUUGUGACAGCAACUCUAAGAAGCCCUUGUAACUCCUUUCCUGAUCCACUCUUGGGAGAAGCCUUAGCAGCCUUGCGAUCAGUACAAUUUGGUAUUAAUCUUGGUCUGAAAAAUGUCAUCUUUGAAGGGGACUCAAAGCUAGUGGUGCAUGGUAUAACUAGUGGAGCUGAAGACUAG